UUCCGAGCUUGCACCGAUUGUGAGAUAACCUCAGUCCUGUCUCCUCAGUCGGAGUACGUAACUUGCUCUGCCACCGGCAUCAACACCGACCGCUUGCAAAACGCCGAUCUAGUUCUGGUCAUCGUGUCUCAGAGCUAUUAAAUCGUCGCCCGAUCUAAGUCCUCAAACAGGCAUCCUCUGAAAAUGACAUCGAACGGCACAGCCAACGGUACUGUAAAUGGCGUAGCAAACGGCCACACGGAACUGGCGAAUGGUGAAGCGGGUAAAAUUCUCGAUGGAACUGAACAAAUUAACAAUCUGCCAAAAGAACCAGGAAAACUCCUCCUAGAAUUAGCGUGGAUAAUCUUCAUUGCGUUUCCCAUGAUUCUGCUAGCCUUCGUCAAAAAGUUCCUUCCUCCACAAAAGAAAUCUUUGGGCGGAGAGACAGUUCUUAUUACAGGAGCUGCGAACGGCUUGGGGCGGGAGCUGGCCCUGCAGUUGGCGGAGCGGGGCUGCCGACUGGCCCUGGUGGACAUCGACGAAGCCGGGGUAAAGGCCGUCGCUGAGGAGAUCAACAGGCGACGCGCCAAUGCGGCCAGGAGCUACGUGGCCAACCUGGGCAAGACGGAGGCCAUCCGGAAGCUCAGCAAGCAGAUCCACGGCGACUACGCCCGCGUCGAUGUCCUCGUCAACAACGCCGGAAUCAUCUCCGGCGGCUGCACCGUCCAGGAGGUCAACGACAAGGACCUCGACGCCAUGUUCCAGAUCAACGUCCUCAGCCAGUUUAGGAUGAUUCAAGAAUUUUUGCCUGGUAUGAUAAAAAGGAAUCAUGGACACAUCGUGGCAGUAUCUUCAGUCUCAUCGUAUUGUGGUCUAGGAAGAGCAUCAGUUUACACCUCCACAAAAUGGGCCAUCAAUGGUAUGAUGGAGUCUUUACGAAACGAAUUGAGAACUAAUCCGGAUAACCUAGUGAAGACGACGAUCGUUGCACCGUAUUUCAUCACGACGAAUACUAUUUACAGCUCAAAAGUUGAUCUCAGGAUACCUGCCAUGCCAGUUGAAGCCACCGCGAGAGAAAUCAUCGAUGGCAUUGAACGAGACGAAGUUGAGUUCAGCUUUCCAGCCCAUCAUGCAUCAUUUUGCACUAUCUUAAAACUCCUGCCUAUUGAAUUGAAGGAUAUGAUUCUUUCAGUGUUGUAUACGAAAGUUUUACAUGUUUCUGACGACGAAAGAGAUGCCCUGCCCAACACAAAAAUCUUGCGAGGUGAGGUUACGGAUGAAUUCUGCAAAACGACUUGAGUGGUAUACGGAUUUCCUUUAUUUGUGAUGUGUUUUACUUUAAGAUAUUUAGAAUGUACAUAAUUUAUCUUUACACAUAAAUUGAUUUUAUUUAUUUGAAAA